CUCUCAGCUGAGCUCCGCACUGUUAAGUUUGGGGUGAAGACAGUAACUGAUAACUUGGGACAGCAUGAUUACAACCUCUUUGUUGGAAUAUCGAGAAAGAUGAGUGGUGUGACAGAUUUGGCAGAAGAUCCUGACAGUAUUGCACAGGACGAAGUUCGGUCUCCGCCGUGGACAGAGGAGCGCUGUGAGGAGCUCUGGGAACGGAUUGAGGGAGUACGACACAAGCUCACGCGUAUCCUACACCCAGCCAAACUCACGCCUUAUCUGCGCCAGUGCAAGGUCAUUGAUGAGGAAGAUGAAGAUGAGGUGCUUAAUUCCACACAGUACCCUCUACGCAUCAGCAAGGCGGGCCGUCUGCUGGACAUUCUGCGAGGUCAGGGCCAAAGGGGUCUGCAGGCCUUUAUGGAGUCCCUGGAGUUUUAUCACCCAGAGCAGUACACACAGCUGACAGGGGAGCAGGCCACACAGCGCUGCUCUCUCAUUCUUGAUGAAGAGGGCCCUGAGGGGCUGACACAGUUUUUGCUUUUGGAGGUGAAAAAGUUGCGUGAACAGCUCAGAAACAGUCGACUGUGCGAGCGCCGACUGUCCCAGCGCUGCCGUAUGGCCGAGGAAGAGCGGAGCCGUGCCGAACGAAAAGCACAAGAACUACGCCACGAUAGACUGCAGCUUGAGAGGCUGCGUCAGGACUGGGAAUCAGCGAGCCGGGAGCUGGGCAAACUGAAGGACAGACUUUUGGAGCAGGCUGUGAAGUACUCCAGAGCUUUAGAGGAGCAAGGAAAAUCCACGAGUCGAGAGAGAGAACUGCUCAGGCAGGUGGAAGAGCUAAAGUCAAGGCUGAGUGAAGUAGAUACUUCCUCAGUGGAGGCCCAACCCAUGACAUCGUCCAAACGCAACAGUUUGGUGACCAAUGGUUCACAGCCGCUUCCACCUGCACUUCCAGAGAAACCUCUGAAAUGUCUCAAAUCAGACACCACAAGCAAUGGCACCCAGGAUUCAGGGGUAAUUGCUCUGAUGGACAUCCUGCAGCAGGACCGCAGAGAGGCGGCAGAGGAGAGACAGGAGCUGUGUGACAUGAUCACUACACUACAGGAGGAGGCACAGAGGUGUGAGGAGCAGACGGCCCGGCUGGAGGUGCAGUGUGAACAGCUCCAGCUGAAGGUUCGGACUCUGCAGCUGGACUGGGAGACGGAGCAGAAGAGGAGUGUGUCAUACUUCAACCAGAUCAUGGAGCUGGAGAAGGAGAGGGACCAGGCCCUAAGAAGCAGGGACAGCCUGCAACUGGAGUUCACAGAGUGUCUUCUGGAUAAAAACCGUUUGAGGAAGAGAAUCGCAGAGCUGCAGGCCAGUAUAGAGCAGCAGCAGAGGGAGCUGGAGAGAGAGAGGGCCCGAGAGCAGAUGAACCAGAGCACUUCCUGUCUGCACUGUUCUCACCUGUCUCUGUGGAGUGAGGAUCAGUGUUAUGGCCCCUGCUGCUCCCUGGGAUUGAGCCCCCAGUCCAACAACAACCUGCUGCUGCGGAAGUCUCAGGCACACCUGAGAGAGAGAAUAAAGGCAAGCUCUUCUGAUUCUCAUUCCACCUCUGAGGAAAACCUCUUAAUUUCCGCAGAAGACAAUGAAAAGGAGAUAAAUCGCCUCUCAACAUUCCCCUUCCCUCCUUGUAUGAACUCCAUCAACAGAAGAGUCAAUGCAGAGUUUGACUUGGAUUCUUGGGGCAGUGAUGAGAAUGAAAACAUAGCUGGCCAACAAAGUGAACUCUCUUUGUGGGAUUCAUGGACCUCAUUACACUCUCAGCCCUUUCCCUCUGAUCUGAUCAAAUGUCCUUCUCCCAAACUAACUGGACAAAAUAUCUCAAGGAUACCCCAACUUACCCCACCUUCCAGCACCCCUCCCUCUCCUAAGGACAGAAAGGCCAGUCUUGCUGAUGACAUCACAAUAGUGGGGGGAAACCAGACUGGGAUCUUUGUUAGCCACGUGAAGCCUGGGUCUCCAGCUGAACAAUGUGGACUCACUCAGGGCUGUGAGCUGCUGGAGCUGGAGCGUGUGCUGUUUGGUGGGGGAAGUGUACAGCUGGCCCAGUGCACUGCAGAGAUAGCACACUUUUCUCUUCAGUGGUGGACAGAGCCUUCUUCACUCAAACAUCAAAACAACCCCGAGGCCUAUGCCAAACUGUGCUCCCAGAUGAAAUCUUCUUCUUUUAUGGGGGCUGACUCAUUCUAUGUUCGUGUUAAUCUCACUAUGGAGCCUCAUGGGGAUCCUCCAUCUCUGGGAGUGUCUUGUGAUGAUAUCAUACAUGUCACAGACACCAGAUUUAAUGGGAAGUAUCAUUGGCGCUGUUGGCGAGUCGACCCAAACACAGCCAAGCCCCUGCAGGCAGGGACCAUGCCUAAUUACAAUAGGGCUCAACAGUUGUUACUUGUGAGGUUAAGAAAACUGGCACUUGAGCAAAAAGACUUCAAGAGAAAAAUGUUCUUGAAGAAAGCAGCAGGUCGUGUGCGCCUUAUUAAAGCUGUGGAUCCUAGCUUUCGUGGCAUUGGCUCUGGACAACAGGUUUUCUACACCCUCAGUAAACGUCACGAGGAGCACCUGAUUCCAUACAGUUUAGUAAAGCCAUUGCAGGUUGAAACUAAACGACCAGUUGUUUUCUCCCCAUCUCUUCUGUCUCGGGGUCUUAUAGAGAGACUGAUGCAGCCUGCAGACGCCAGUCUGAACUUCAGUACCUGCCCAACAGAACAUAUCCCCAGUUCAAAACAAGGAGACAAACAAGUCUUCUUGUUAGAUUCCUACACUCCAGAGCAGACUUUGGGUGUAAGACUGCAGUCUAUACAGGACAUAAUCAGCCAGGACAAACACUGUCUGUUGGAGCUGGGGCUGUCCAAUGUUGAAGGCCUGCUGAGACAGGGAAUAUACCCUAUAGUUAUCUACAUUCGCCCAAAAAGUAAAAAACACAAAAAACUAAGGAAGUUUUUUCCACGAUGUGUGGAGGACGGUGCAAUGGAGGAGGCGUGCCAUGCUGAAGAGCUGCAGCUAGAGACACUGCCUCUGCUUUAUUACACUCUAGAGCCAAACACUUGGAGCUGCACGGAAGAGCUGCUGUCAUCUUUACGCAAUGUUAUACAAAGCCAGCAGAGGGCAGUAGCAUGGGUAGAAUUGGAUCGGUUGCAAUAAAUCUACAGCCAUGGAUCUAUAAAAUCUACAAAAUAAAAUAACAUGGCAGGCUCCUUGUUAUACGUAAUAUUACAAAUACAAUCAUAGCACCAUACUUGCAUAACUUAUGUUUGGUUUUCAUUUGAACAUGUGAACAUUUCAUGAAAGUAAACUGAUAUUAUUUUGCUACUUUUGCACUGUGUUUAUUUACAUAGUGUACUUUAUGUAUUUACCAGGAAACACAAACACAA